AUGGAUUAUCAAAACAGAGCAGGAUCUAAAAAGGGAUCGGGUGGAAUUGCGUCUUCAUCUCAGGAGAAUCUUCACAGAAGGAAGCAAGUUGAGGACCUGCUUAGUGGCGGUCAGGAAGUACCAUAUAGUUUUCAGGAUGCAGCUAAGGAGGAAGACGAACAUGCCAAAAAGAACCCAUAUAUCUACAGGAAUCAUGCAGGAAGACUUGUUUGCAAGCUUUGUAACACAAUGCACAUGUCGUGGUCUAGUGUCGAGAGACAUGUCAGCGGUAAAAAACAUGGACUGAACGUUUUAAGAAGAGGAGGCAGUACUCAUAUGGCACAGCAAAGUGAGAUUUCUGAGGAGGAGUCUCUGUUUCAACAAAAGGUUGAAGCAGUACGAUCCGAGUUACGCAAUCUUGGCAUCAUGCCUCAUUAUCAGGUCUCUAAAGUGAAAGCCCCAAACACUGGCCAACUCGGGCUUGCCAUGAAAGUAACAUACCCACCAAUCGAGUUUAGUUUUGACAAUGAUGAUAAGCCCUGUGCGAGAGUCAUGACUAGCUUUGAAAUCGCGGAAGAGAAUGACGACGAUAAAAAGUUUCUGGUAAUCGCUUACGAACCAUAUGAGACGAUUGCAGUCGAAAUACCGAACCAAGAAGUUGUCUUGGAUGAAAGUUCACCUACAACAGAAUUCGCCGUAGACGACUUCAACAGUCGAUCCACUUAUUGGGACAAGGACGAAAAGAUAUUCUACGUUCAACUUUUCUUCAAAUAA